CCAGCAGUCGGUGUAUAUUGUUGUGAUGUAGAGAAUUCUUAACGUUUUUUUCCAGUCAAGCACAUCUUAAUUUAGAAUGACAUCGGUAGCAACUUCAAAUGGACCCGUCACAUCUACUCCUCUGAUAGCAACCAGCUUUUAUUAUUCCGUCCAAGGCCAAAUCCGGCACGGAGAAUUCCCGCUCAAUUCCCAACUUUACGUCAAAACUUGCUAUCACCACGGAGCUGACUGGAUCUUCUGCCACGGUAUUGAAGAAGGGUUAAGUCAGCUAGCCAUUCAAAAGUCAUCCGGGGGCCGAGAAUUGGUGUGGAAUUUUCCUUUACAAUCGUCGUGGAAGAGCACGAAUCCCCACGGAUGGCCUAGAAUGAUCGUCAGUCUUUAUGGACCCGACGAGCUGGGUAACGAUGACGUCGCAUACGGCUAUGGUUCCACCGUUUUGCCCAUCUGUGCUGGGCAUUACACAAGAACACUGGCUAUCUAUCGGCCGCAGUCGCAAUCUCUUCUGCACAAAUGGACCAGUUGGUUUACCGGACGUCGUCCUGAAUUGAUUGAUCCCAAAACUAUUGCCCUCAACGAAGGCCGUGACGUUCUCCGAAUGGAAACUCUGGGCUACGUCACGGUCGAAUUCCACACCACUUUUAAAGAUUUCCAAAGUUUAGGCUACGAUUCAUCAAUCAGUGGACCGGAAAAAACAUCAUCCACUUUGCCUAUUUUUUAAGACAAAAUCAAUUAUAAAUUUACAAAAUAAAUGAACACGGCUACAGGGAUAUGAGCAACACUUUGAAAUGGGUGUAUUUCUUUAUUUUAAUUUUGUUUUCAACUAAGUAGACGACACCAUUAAUGGUGGGUGGCGGGGGAGGUUAAAGACAUCAAAGAGCGAAUGAUUCUCUUAAAUGACGAGAUUCCGCGGGAGUCAUUUUACAAUUCAAAAGACGGCCAAAAAUCAGGGGAGAAAAG